CCUGGUACGUCAGUUUCACUACCGCCAUCAGCUCGACAGACGCCAAUGCGGUUUGGUGAUGAUGACGCACACAGGAGCUCUCUCGGCUCGUCUGAUUCACAUUCGUCUGUAGCUCGAAGUGAAGAUUAUUCUCAAGAUUAUGUAGCUGAAGAAGACGAAACUGUCAUUUGCCAAUACACUUCACCAGAAUCAGUACUGCCGCCGACAGGACCUACUACAAUGCCUGUCAACUUCAAUCCUUAUCUAACAUACCGCGAGUCGAGGGAAGAUGAAGCCAUGGAGUGCGACUAA